AUGAAUCGACUCUUCGGCGCAAAGAACAAUGCGCCGAAGCCUUCUCUGAACGACGCCAUCGGAAAGGUUGAUGGUAGAAUCGAAUCAAUCGAUGUCAAGCUCGCCAAACUCAAUUCCGAACUGCAGACCUACCAGCAACGAUUAAGCCGUAUGCGAGAUGGACCAGGCAAGAACGCAAUCAAGCAGAAGGCAAUCAAGGUCCUUCAGCAGCGGAAAAUGUACGAAUCGCAGAAGGAUCAGCUCCAGCAGCAGAGCUGGAAUAUGGAGCAAGCGGGCAUGAUGCAGGACAAUCUCAAGAAUACCAUGGCAACAGUGGACGCCAUGAAGACGACACAGAAGGAGCUGAAGAAGCAGUAUGGCAAGAUCAACAUCGACAAGAUCGAGAAGAUGCAGGACGAGAUGGCGGACCUCAUGGACAUGGGCAACGACAUCCAAGAGAGCAUAAGUAGGAGCUACGAUGUCCCAGAGGAUGUAGAUGAGGCCGAGCUGGACGCUGAGCUUGAGGCGCUUGGCGACGAAGUGGAGUUUGGGGCUGAGGGUCUGGGCGAGAGCGAAAUACCAGGCUUUUUGAGCGAGAGCGCUCCUCCAGCAUUUAUCGAUGAAGCACCAGAGCAGACCAAACAGCAACAGGCAGCCACGUGA